GCCACGCCCCCCGGAGCCGCCUGGUUUCCGCCGCUGAGGAGCCCGCUCCACACUGCGGGGCCGAGAGGUCGCGGUCGGUGGCUCCCGACGCGACCCGCAUCCCGGUGGCGGCUGCUCGGCGACGCGACCGGCCGGCGGGGCGUGGGAGCGGGCGGGCGCGCGCUCGGGGACGCGGGCUCUCCGGCCCGGCCACACCCUCCGCCUCCGCCCGCCCCUCAGGAAACGACAGCUGCGCGGGGCUGGCGCCGCCUCCCGCCGCCUCCCACGUCCGCCCCGCCGUCGCCCGGCGCCCCAGCCCCGCCGCGGCGCCCCCCGCCUCCCCGCGAGCCCCGCCGGCGGCCCUGGCCCGCUGCCGCCCGGCAUGAACAUCAUGGAUUUCAACGUGAAGAAGCUGGCGGCCGACGCGGGCACCUUCCUCAGCCGGGCCGUGCAGUUUACAGAAGAAAAGCUCGGACAAGCAGAGAAGACGGAAUUGGAUGCUCACUUGGAAAACCUCCUUAGCAAAGCUGAAUGUACCAAAAUAUGGACAGAAAAAAUAAUGAAGCAGACUGAAGUGCUGUUGCAGCCAAAUCCAAAUGCCAGGAUAGAAGAAUUCGUUUAUGAGAAACUGGACAGAAAAGCACCAAGUCGUAUAAACAACCCAGAACUUUUGGGACAAUAUAUGAUUGAUGCUGGGACUGAGUUUGGCCCAGGGACAGCUUAUGGCAAUGCCCUUAUUAAAUGUGGAGAAACACAGAAGCGAAUCGGAACAGCUGACAGAGAGCUGAUUCAAACAUCAGCCUUAAAUUUCCUCACUCCUUUAAGAAACUUCAUAGAAGGGGAUUACAAAACAAUCGCAAAAGAAAGGAAACUGUUACAGAAUAAGAGACUGGAUUUGGAUGCUGCAAAAACGAGACUUAAAAAGGCAAAGGCUGCAGAAACUAAAAGUUCACAACUAAACUCCGCCCGCCUUGAAGGAGAUAACAUUAUGGUAAAUUUCUCUUACAUGCUCAACUUCCUGCAUGUAAAAUGGCUGAAGAUUUGGGCGGAGGAAGUGACAAAAUCUGAACAGGAAUUACGAAUAACUCAAAGUGAAUUUGAUCGUCAAGCAGAGAUUACCCGCCUUCUGCUAGAGGGAAUCAGCAGUACACAUGCCCAUCAUCUCCGCUGUCUGAAUGACUUUGUAGAAGCCCAGAUGACUUACUAUGCACAGUGUUACCAGUACAUGUUAGACCUGCAGAAACAGCUGGGCAGUUUUCCAUCCAAUUAUCUUUCUAACAACAACCAGAGUUCUGGGACACCUGUACCAUCUGCUUUAUCAAAUGUGAUUGGUCCUUCUGCUAUGGCUUCAGCAGGUAGCCUAGUAAUCACCUCUCCUUCCAACCUCAAUGACCUUAAAGAAUCUAGUGGCAGCAGGAAGGCCAGAGUUCUCUAUGAUUAUGAUGCUGCAAACAGUACUGAACUGUCACUUCUGGCAGAUGAGGUAAUCACUGUGUUCAGUGUCGUUGGAAUGGAUUCAGACUGGCUAAUGGGGGAGAGAGGAAAUCAGAAAGGCAAGGUGCCAAUUACCUACUUAGAACUCCUCAAUUAAAUAGGGAGACCAUGAAAGACUACCCAUCAUGACACCAUAUUUAUAGACAGUAACUCUAAAGCAAGUUUAAGUAUCUUUCAUGUUAAUGAGAUAUAAGGGACUGAAAAAAGUUGCAAGCCAUCAGAAACUGGCCAUCCUGCCAAUAAAAUUGCAUGGUUAAUAAUUCAUUACAGAAUUUUGGUUAGAGAUUUCAUAACAAGAAUGUUUUCUUACACAAUUCUCUUUCUACUGAGGGUUCACUAACAAGCAGCUUCUACUUUUGAGCCCCAAUUUAUAAACAAAAGAAUUGUUUUCUACUGAAUUUUUCAUUAACGGCAAGCUUUUCUUUUAUGCAAAAUAAAUUUAUGUGCAUGAUUCUAGUGACUCAUUUUUUAGGUAUAAUAGCCAAAGAAUAAAGACUCAUUUUUACCUUGCUGCCCAAUAGGAAUCAGAUGACUUAAAUACUGUGCUUUAGUGAGGUCUCUUGGCUUUUGACUUUUGUUUUUAUUUGGUUUGGUUUGAUUUGGUUUUGUUUAUU